AUUGUUUAUUGCUGUGAGGAACUGGAAAGGCAACUCAGUCUCGUGGGAGGAUGAAGGGCUGCUGCUCAUCAGCUCACCUCAAAGCUGCCUUUCUUCCUCUCUCUUUCUUUCCCAUCACUUCACCCACUUUUCUUCAUCACACAUCCUCUCUGCGGUCGAUCUUUCUCGGGUUUUUAUCGAGCUCUGCAGAUCUUCAGUGGGAAGGGUGGAAAACGGAAAGCUUCGAUCUUUUCCAGUUUUGGCAUAAUGGUGAAGGAGACAGAGUACUAUGAUGUUCUCGGUGUCAGUCCAUACGCAUCCGAGGAGGAGAUUCGCAAGGCUUACUAUGUGAAGGCAAAACAAGUACAUCCCGAUAAAAACCCGAAUGACCCAAGGGCUGCUGAAAGUUUUCAGGUGUUAGGUGAAGCUUAUCAGGUCUUGAGCGAUCCUGUGCAGAGGGAAGCAUAUGAUCGGAAUGGAAAAUACUGCAUAUCUAGGGAAACCAUGCUAGACCCUACAGCGGUGUUUGCCCUUCUCUUUGGAAGUGACCUCUUUGAGGAUUACAUUGGACACUUAGCAGUGGCAUCGCUUGCUUCUUCUGAAUUAGCUAUCGACUGCGACAGUCCCGAAAAACUGCAUGACAAAUUAAAGGCUGUCCAGAAAGAAAGGGAAGAAAAGCUUGCCAGAUUGCUCAAGGACUUCCUAAAUGAGUAUGUCCAUGGAGACAAAGGGCGUUUUCUACAACGCGCCAAAUCAGAAGCCAAACGGCUUUCGGGUGCAACCUUUGGAGUCGAUAUAUUACACACAAUUGGUUACGUAUAUUCGGGGCAGGCAGCUCAAGAGCUCGGGAAGAAGGCCUUAUAUCUUGGUUUCCCUUUUGUUGCUGAAUGGGUUCGAAACAAAGGGCAUUUCUGGAAGUCACAGGUCACAGCAGCAAAAGGUGCUUUCCAGUUGCUGCAACUUCAAGAAAACAUAAGACGGCAAUUCAAGGUGGACGGAAUGGGUCCCGCGAAUGAUGUCGAGUCACACAUAAGGUCGAACAAGGAGACUCUGAUGAACUCCCUGUGGAAAUUGAAUGUGGUGGACAUUGAAAUCACCCUCAUCCAUGUGUGUCAGAUGGUUCUGAGAGAGAACAUAAGGAAAGAAGACCUCAAAGCCCGAGCCACGGCAUUGAAGAUUCUGGGGAAGAUUUUUCAGCAAGAAAAACAAAUGCAGAGCGGUGGAACAUCCGGGAAGAAAAGUGAUCCUGACACUGAUGAAGAUCACAGCAGCUCAGAUGGUAGCGAUGAGGAAGAUUCGCCGAGGGCACUCGCAUACCGAACUCCUUUUUUCACUCAGGGAAUAGGAAGGCUCUUCAGAUGCCUCUGCAACCCAGCUUUUGACGUUGAUGAUGACGAGAUCGUCUACCAGCCGAAGUGACCAUACGUUGCUCUCUAUAACCGGAGAUCGAUAUCACAAUAUCACAUGUGCUUUUACUUCGGAUUUGCUAAAGGUUUGAUUGAAUUAAUCCAGAAAUGAUUCACUUCUUCAGUUUCCGAGCUUUGACGAGUUCACCAGUUCUUCUAUCGCAAAUUAAAACUUGUACAUCAACACGAGACGACUUCUCCAUCAGUAUUACUAAAUGUCCAUUUAUUUUGGCCCGGUGUCACCAUAGUGAUCUUUCAUCU